AUGAGUAAGCAGGACAAGGGUGUGAGUAAGCAGGAAAAGGGUGUGAGUAAACAGGACAAAGGUGUGAGUAAGCAGGAAAAGAGUGUGAGUAAGCAGGACAAGGGAAUGAGUAAGCAGGACAAGGGUGUGAGUAAGCAGGAAAAGGGAAUGAGUAAGCAGGACAAGGGUGUGAGUAAGCAGGACAAGGGUGUGAGUAAGCAGGACAAGGGUGUGAGUAAGCAGGACAAGGGUGUGAGUAAGCAGGACAAGGGUGUGAGUAAGCAGGACAAGGGUGUGAGUAAGCAGGACAAGGGUGUGAGUAAGCAGGACAAGGGUGUGAGUAAGCAGGACAAGGGUGUGAGUAAGCAGGACAAGGGUGUGAGUAAGCAGGAAAAGGGUGUGAGUAAGCAGGAAAAGGGUGUGAGUAAGCAGGAAAUGGGUGUGAGUAAGCAGGAAAAGGGUGUGAGUAAGCAGGACAAGGGAAUGAGUAAGCAGGACAAGGGAGUGAGUAAGCAGGACAAGGGUGUGAGUAAGCAGGACAAGGGUGUGAGUAAGCAAGACAAGGGUGUGAGUAAGCAGGACAAGGGUGACAAGGGUGUGAGUAAGCAGGACAAGGGUGUGAGUAAGCACGACAAGGGUGUGAGUAAGCAGGACAAGGGUGUGAGUAAGCAGGACAAGGGUGUGAGUAAGCAGGACAAGGGUGUGAGUAAGCAGGACAAGGGUGUGAGUAAGCACGACAAGGGUGUGAGUAAGCAGGACAAGGGUGUGAGUAAGCAGGACAAGGGUGUGAGUAAGCAGGACAAGGGUGUGAGUAAGCAGGACAAGGGUGUGAGUAAGCAGGACAAGGGUGUGAGUAAGCAGGACAAGGGUGUGAGUAAGCAGGACAAGGGUGUGAGUAAGCAGGACAAGGGUGUGAGUAAGCAGGACAAGGGUGUGAGUAAGCAGGACAAGGGUGUGAGUAAGCGGUGGAAAAGGGAAUGA